UAUAUUAAUAACGUAAUUAGCGACGCUCCCUUGGUCAUCACCAAUGAACUGCUCGACUUUUUCGCGGUUGACGUUGUGGCAGUUGGAUUGCACUCAGAUGAUAAUCCGGGAACCAAGCAUGACCCAUUUGCAAUUCCUCGUGAAAGGGGAAUUUUCAGGAAAGUUGAUAGCGGAUCAGAUGUUACAACCCGCCAAGUUAUCAAACGAAUAAUCAGCAAUAGUGCCUACGCAAGUCGCAAUAGGCUAAAGGAGACAAGAGAAGCGGAAGCAAUUUCUAGAAGUUCAGCAAAUAAUUCCGUGGCUCUUCCUCUCCAAAAGAUGGGUGUUCGAGAUUCUUUCCUAAAUACACUUAUAAUUCUUAAUGCCUGUUUUGGAGAAAUUGGAUGGGGGGAUUUUAUGGAAUAUAGAGUUGUGGUGGAUCCCCAGGUCUUUCCAGAUUCCAGAACUAAAAGGGGUAAUAUGAUUUAA